AUGGCUUCCUCUACCUUUCCAUCUAGCUCAACCAAACCCAAGCAAAAGAUAAAGAUCGCCCUCUCCAUCGACUUUGACGCAAUAUCCGGCUGGCUAGGUACAUCCCAACAUCCCGACAACAACAUGGCCGACAUCUCAUCUGGCUACUUCAGUGGCUACGUCGGUGUACCUCGUCUCCUGAAAGUAUUCUCUCGCCUCGGCAUCUCUGACAAAGUGACUUGGUGUAUCCCUGGCCACUCCUUGGAAACUUUUCCUGAGCAGGCAAAGGCGAUCGUCGAGUCAGGGGCUGAGAUUGCGUUGCAUGGCUACUCACACGAGGGAAGCACGCAGAUGACUGCACAACAGGAAAGAGAUGUUUUGGUCAAGACGAUGGCGUUGAUUCAGGAGCGUACAGUAAAAUUGCUGCAAGAGCAUGGCUUCCUCUGGGAUUCGAGUCUGGCACAUCUGGACAGCAUGCCCUACUUCUUGCCAAAGGAGGUGGAUAAACUCGACACGAUUGAGUUUUCUCCUGACAAGGAUGCGAGUAGUUGGAUGAAGCCUUCCAAGGACUUUUUGAAAAUGGAGCGCUUUGUCGACGUUCGCUUAAUUGAACGCAUGUGGAUGGACCGCUUCGAGUGGCUCAAGAGUGAAGUCGAAGAUGGCAGGGAAGACAUGACAAUCUUUGCUCUCGUCCUCCACCCAGACACGAGUGGUAUGGCACAUGUGAUUGGUAUGAUUCAAAGUUGA